AUGACCACCGCCCAUAGACCAACCUUUGAUCCCGCCCGUGGCAAAGAGGCUCUCCGCGGCCCAGCCUACCACCAGCGCCUCCUGCCUGCCCACACCCAGCUCAAGUACCGAAAAGCCGGCCAGGGCGGCGACGCCGAUGACGAACCGACGCGCGACCUCGCUGCGGAGCUCCUCGCCGCCGAGGCAGCGCACUUCAAGAAGAAGAGGCACAAUAGCGGCGUCUUGGCCCCCGAGGACGACGAGGAUGAGGAUGAGGAAGUGACGGCCGUUCGAGGGGAGAAGCGAUCGCAGUCUACGAAUGGCGAGGGAGAGGGAGAAGAUCUAGAGGCGAAGCGGAGGAGGAUAUUAGAGGAGAGCAGGGAUAUCGAUGCGGAUGAUGAUAGCGAAGAGGAGGAGGACAGUGACGAUGAUGACGAUAGCGAAGAUGACGAGGAUGCGGAGCUGCAGCGGGAGCUGGAGAGGGUGCGGAGAGAGCGUGAAGAGAAGAAGAAGAGAGAGGAAGAAGAGCGGGCGAGAGAAGAGCAAGAAGCUCGAGAAAGAGAUAUUGCGCUCGGCAACCCCCUGCUCAACAAGCAGGACUUCACAAUGAAGCGGCGGUGGGACGACGACGUGGUGUUCAAGAACCAGGCCAGGGGGACGGAAGACAAGAAUAAGAAGAAGGAAUUUGUUAACGACAUGUUACGGUCUGAUUUCCAUAGACGGUUCAUGAGCAAGUAUGUUCGAUAA